AGUGCCGCUGCCUGUUAUGUCGCUGGGUAUUUUGCGUUUUGAAGAGCGUGGGUGGGAUCGAGCGCGCCUCUGAUCUCCGUCUGACGGCCGAAUUCAUUGUUUUCCUUUUGCAAGCGUUCAUGGGGGCACCUUGAUAUGUUGUCACCAAGCGAUAGAAAGAAAUAAUUCCACCGUUUUGACCUUUUCGAGGUUUUGCUAGAGGCCCGUCAAUGUGGAUCUCCGUGUAGGGUUGUUAAACUGUGCUCCUAUUGGUUUGCAUUUCUGCAAUGUGUCCGACUGCAUUUCUGCAAACCAAUAGGUCAAUAGGCCACGUGACCGAUGUCCGACUCAAAAUUGGUCGGCCACCAAGACGACGACCGGCGCGUUGACUUGUUUUAAAACAACGCGCGCCGUAAAUUCUCGCGACGCAUUUGUGUAAUGUCCUGCGUCUGCGCACUGUACUUUGGCAGCUGUGAGCCGGUGGCUUGUUUUCGGCCCAUUUACAGAUUGCUUUUGCGCCUCUUGGCUUUUAUGCGCGAGCGGAGAAAAUUUAAUUCGGCGGCGAGCUGUGAACAUAACCGAGCGGGGCGAAGCGAGCGAGCGAGAACAGCACGCUGUGCCUCUCUUUCAAAUGCAAAACACGGCGGUGGCCAAUAAAUAAAUUGCACGGCACGGAAGCGGCUUUGAGUGGCUGUCAGGUGGACGGAGCCACGGCCGCUGGGCCGCGCGCCUCCCCAUUGGACGGCGAGCGGAGCGGCACCGCUGUCGCCACCCUGCAAGCUCCUCCCCGCCAUGGCCCCCCUCCCCCGCUGCCCAUCACGCAGCGCCUAUUUUUAGCUCCCUCUUUCCCAGGGGCAGCUUUUGUCUGCAGCCCAUGAUUCAUCAUGAGCAGCACUCUCCCUCCCUACCCUUGCCCGUGCUCUCCCUCCCUCUCUCCGUCCCUCCCCUCCCCUCUGCUCGCUCGCUUUCACACUCUUCCUUUCUUCCCCAUCCCGGAGCGGACGACGCACACAGGAAGAAGUCUCGCCUCGCAUGCCGGCGCGGUGCGACGCGCGGUGCGAUGAGCCUCAAGCGCGGUGCCCCCGCAUGUUAAUGGGCGGCAGCGUCCACGAGCAGCGUGUUCUCAUUGUUUAGUCCACACCUGGCGCUUGGAGCGGCCGAUAAGCAGACAGCUUGCCCGGACGCGAGAAAGUCGGGGAGCUGACGUCUCACCGCCUGCCCGCCGCUGCCGCCGCGCGCUCCGGCCCGGCGGAGGCGUGUGCUGGCGCCGAGAUGGCUGCUCGCGAGGCUGGUGCCGGCGACCAGCAAAUGCAGGCCGAGCUGCUGGUGCUGAAGCAGCGGCAGCAGCUGCAGCAGCAGCUGCUCCUGGCCGAGUUCCACAAGCAGCAGGAGGAGCUGGCGCGGCAGCACCAGGCGCAGAUUCAGCAGCACCUGCAGCACAACGGGGGGCGUUCGUUUCCGUGCGUCCGCCUGCAGCAGCGGCAGGAGCUGCUGGAGCAGCAGCAGCGGCUGGAGCAGCAGCAGCGUGAGCAGGAGCUGGAGCGCCGUCGCUUGGAGCAGAAGCUCACACAGAUCAAGAACAAGCAGAAGGGUCAGGAGAGUGCCAUGGCGAGUGUGGAGGUGAAGCAGAAGCUGCAGGAGUUUGUCCUCAACAAGAAGAAGCGGGAGGCUGGGAACCUGAACCACUCCGUUCCGCACCACCCGCGCCUCUGGCACAUGACGGGCCACCACGGCUCACUGGACCAGAGUCUCCCUCCGCGCACCAGCCCGUCAGCACCGUACCAGCACCCAGGCCUCGGCACGUACGAGUCUCAGAGCGACUUCCCGCUGCGUAAGACCGCAUCGGAGCCCAACCUGAAGUUGCGGCACCGUCUGAGUAAGAAGGGGGCCGACCGCUUGCGGGGGAGUCCCCUACUCCGCCGGAAAGACGGGGGGCUCCCCGCUGGGAAGAAGCGACCGCACGAGGCCACCGAGGCCUCCAUGAAGGACGCGGCGGUUAGCUCGGGACCGGACUCGCCGAGCAACGGCGUGGAGAACGGCCUAGGCCCCCACGCGCCCUCCGAGGCGGUUGCUCCUGGUCACCGCCCCCUGAGCCGCGAGGGCUCGGGCCCUGCUCAGGAGAGCCUCUACAUGUCUCCGUCUCUGCCCAACAUCUCCCUGGGUCUCCCCGCCAACGGCUCCGGCGCUCAGGGAGACCCCGAGGGCCAGCAGCAUCUGCCCCACCACCCCUCCCAGAGCCACCACGGCCGGGUGCAGCAGCCGCUGGGCCACAGCCUCUCGCUGCCGCUGCCCUACACGGCGUCGGCCGGCGGCGACGCGGACAGGGGCGGCACGGCUGGCGGCGCGGGGCGGCCCUCCCUGCUGCAGCAGCACCUGCUUGUGCUGGACCAGCACCGCAUGCUCAACGCAGGUGUGGGGGGUUUGCCGCUGCCCCCCCGGGGCCCUCUGCUGGGGCCCGAGAGGAACCCCUCGCGGCACCGGCCCCUGAGCCGCACACAGUCGGCGCCACUGCCCAUGCAGCCACGCUCGCACGCCCACUUCCUGGACCGGGGCAAGCCGCUGGGCACGAUGACGGAGGAGGAGCUGGCGUGUGCGGGCGGUGGCGGCGACUCCGAGAGGGGCGUGCGGAUCAAGCAGGAGCUGCCCGACGGAGAAGGGGAUGCAGAGGGGGUGGAGGGAGGCGGCGACCCAGCGGUCAGGCACAGCCAGGGUCUCCUGCUGGAGCAGCAGAGAAUUCAGCAGCUGCACCUGUACCAGGCGCAGCUGGCGGCGUCGGGGGUAGCGGCAGGGCUGACGGCGCACCGCCCGCUCAUCCGCACGCGCUCCUCGCCCGCGUACACCAGCCUGGCGCCGGCGCCCGAGCCCCCACGCCCGCUCCGCUUCACCACAGGCCUGGCGUAUGACACGCAGAUGCAGAAGCACCAGUGCAGCUGCGGAGAUAACACGUUCCACCCGGAGCACGCCGGGCGCAUCCAGAGCAUCUGGUCGCGCCUGCAGGAGACGGGGCUCGCCACACAGUGCGAGCGCGUACGGCCACGGAAAGCCACGCUGGAGGAGAUCCAGUCGGUGCACUCCGAGCGCUACACUCUGCUCUACGGCGCCAGCUCGCUCAGCCAGCACCGGCUCGACAAGAAGCUGCUCGGGCCGUCAUCUCAGAAGACCUUGGUGAUGCUGCCAUGCGGAGGCCUCGGGGUGGACAGCGACACGAUCUGGAACGAGGCCCACUCGGCCGUGGCCGCGCGGCUCGCCGUGGGCUCUGUCCUCGAGGUUGCGUUCAAGGUGGCCACCGGGGAGCUCAAGAACGGCUUUGCUGUGGUGCGGCCUCCAGGACACCACGCGGAGGAGUCUCUCGCCAUGGGCUUCUGCAUCUUCAACUCCGUGGCGGUCACUGCACGGAUGCUUCAGCAGCGCCUGCACCUGAGCCGCAUUCUCAUCGUGGACUGGGACGUGCACCACGGCAACGGCACCCAACAGGCGUUCUACAGCGACCCCGGCAUCCUCUACGUCUCGCUGCACCGCUACGACAACGGGAACUUCUUCCCAGGCAGCGGGGCUCCCGAGGAGGUGGGCACAGGGCCUGGCGUGGGCUUCACGGUGAACGUGGCGUGGACGGGAGGGGUGGACCCACCCAUGGGCGACGCCGAGUACCUGGCCGCGUUCAGGACGGUGGUGAUGCCGAUCGCGGGGGAGUUUUCCCCGGAGCUGGUGCUCGUGUCGGCCGGGUUCGAUGCCGUCGAGGGUCACCCGCCGCAGCUCGGCGGCUACAGCGUCUCCGCUAAGUGCUUCGGGUACCUGACGCGGCAGCUCAUGAGCCUGGCGGGCGGACGCGUUGUGCUCGCGCUCGAGGGUGGACACGACCUCACCGCCAUCUGCGACGCCUCCGAGGCGUGCGUCACCGUGCUGCUGGGCAACCAGCUUGAGCCGCUGCCUGCCGAUGUCCUUCAGUGCCGGCCAAACCAAAACGCGGUGGCGUCGCUCGAGAAGGUCAUCCAGAUCCAGGGGAAGCUGUGGCCGUGCGUGUGCCGCUACGCACGCUCGCUGGCGCUGUCGCUCGUCGAGCUCCAGGGCCACGAGCGCGAGGAGGCCGACACCGUCACGGCGCUCGCCUCGCUCACCGUGGCCGGCCGGCAGCACAGCGCCGACGAGGAGGGCAGGCCGCCCGAGGAGCCGAUGGAAGAGGGCUCCGGGGCGUAGGAGCCGCGGGGGCGCCGGCAGGGUCUGUUCCCCGUCUCGCGACCACCUUUCCUUCGACGGCGGCGGCGGCCGACCACACUGGCCGUGGAAUUUGUUUUGUUUUUCGGGAGAAUCGGCUGUGGCCCACCCCCCCCCCCACCCCCCUAUCCCCCCGCCCCCACCUCCACUGGCCACGUCCGCCUCCACAGCAGCUCGGAGCCGCGGGAGAAGGGAGGCGGUGGUGGCGCCCCCGCGGUGACGGUGACGCUGCGGUUACUGGCGCGGCGAGCCGCCCGCGGUGCUGCGCCCACGCUCGCCACCGCUGCCCCGACGCCCUCCGCGUUGGCGAGGCCGGGCGUCGUUGCGGUCUGCGCAUAGUAGGGGGGGGAGGCGGCUGGGGGUGAGACACGUUGACGUGCGAGUGCUUGGCCGCAGCGGGGGAACAGGGAGAGCGUGCCCACCGUGGGGUACCGUAGGUCCUUGAGUUCUUAAGCCAUGGCGGUGUCACGGCGAUACCCAGAGUUCAUAGCUUUAGGCGUCGAAGCGGCGAACCGUUUACAAAGAAGGCUUCCGGCUGCUGGCGUUCGGGGCUGGUGACGCCACUCAGCUGCAGGGGCCACCACCGCCAACAACAACAUCAACAAGGUUUUUCCCAAAUAAUCACAACAGUAAUAAUAAUCGUAAUGAUGAUGGCAAUGACCUUCAUCGGUUAUGGAUUGCCACGACAGUGGCUAAGGCUGCGCUGUUGGUCCAGAAGACAACGGGUGGCGUUACCUCCACCGUAACAACACUCCGGAAAGGCCGUGUGGAUGUCGACGCUCGUCAGGGGGCUGUAACGCAACCGAGCUGUCCAAAUCGCCGGCACAUUUCUUAAAAGGUAUUUGAAGUUGGCCGCGUCGGGCCGCGCGUGUACAGGUGAGGGGUGCGGGGGGGGGGGGCCCAAGCGCUGGAGCCAGCGACACCGGCAGGUAUUGGAGGUUGCUUUUUUUCGGCAAGGCCGUCGUUGACUUGGGGCGCUGGGACGAUUGUGCCUUCGUGACCGCUUUUUCGGUUGAGUUGGGGGGGGGGGUAGUGGGGCGACGGCUUCCGCGGAAACACAGCCUUAAAUUCUCACGGACGCUCGGCUCGUCCUGUUCCUCAACGUCUUUUUGUUGAAUGUAAAAAAAAACAAACACUGAAUUCACGUCUUCACCCCCCCCCCCCGACGUAAGAAAAGAUUAAAGGAGGAAUCACACACGAAAAGCACUUAUUGUAAUAAAAUCGGGACGCCUGGCGGCUCUCCAGCUUUUCUACGCAUGUUUGUAUUUAUGAAUGCCCGAGCUAUAGGAGAUAUUUAUUUGGGUGGCAGGCAGUUCGCUCGUGACCACUUCGGCUUUUGAAACUACUCGCCCUUGCCGCGCAUCUCAAAAGAAUGUUUCAAAUGACCAAGCAGUGUUAUUUUGUACCGAACGUUUUCGUUCUCGACUUGUCGAGUUUUCAUUUUUUACAAUGAUGAAUAUUAUUAUUAUUUCUUUUGUACUUUCAUACUAAACGAUCAUCCGAACCCCGCCAGCUUCUUUUAACCCGUGCUGGGGGGGGGGUUAAAGGUCGCUUCGUUUGUCACUUAAACGGGCGAGCCUCGGGUCUCGCGGCUGCGCGAUAUUUUUUCUGCCGCGUUCUGAGCGCGCGAACGGGGAAGGGGGGGGGGGGGCAAAGAGUGCUCCUUGGUUUGUGGAUUGUUCCCAACCUCCCCUCCACCCACGCCCAGCACGGAGUGGACUGCAUGAUGCGCGCGCGCGCGUACGUAGUUAUUUCGGUGACCUUCCAACAGUUAACAUCUACUUUCUGUAUAGUGAUCGUCACGUAUUUACUGACCAGCUGGAGUACUCUCGCAGUUGCGAAUGACCUGAGGUAUAACGACAUACAGAAAUGGACAAGUACUCCUGUUGUUGUUGUUUUUAUAUUCUACUUGUUUUCAAUGACAGUUACCCAUUUCACCCACGACACACACACACCAGAGGUGUUCUGAAAGGGGGCUGCGUCCUGUUGGUAGGCCUGAUUGAGGUUACCGGCCGGUACCUGAUCCAGCGUUGUUCUGCUCUGACUGCAGUCGGCAAGUCUUCUUGUGGUAGCUCUCGAGCUGUUCUGAGGGCCGCCCCAGUUAAACGGUUUCCCCGCAAGCCUGGCCACCAGAUCGCAGAUCGUACAGCGGCCCGAACCCAUGGUGCAAUGCAGGGGUGUCAUCUGGGAUAAUUUGUUAUGCCGGUUCGUGACGGGGAUACCUGGCAGCGCUGGUGAGGCCACGUUCAAAAUAACACAGAGGCUUUUGCCUGUAGGGUGCGCUGACUGUACUAGAGCAGUUAACUCUGGUGAAGAGUACUCUUCUCGCGUCUUGUGCUGUGUCGAGACAUACUCUUCGUUGUUCUUUGCGGUGGCUAACAGGCAGGCACUCUGAAAAACUUCAUUUACACCGAUCGGGGACCGAUCUGGGUCUGUCAUUCUUGACACAAUACACAAUCUCUAUCUGGCCCAUUUUCAGCAAAUACCACUCUUGAAUGCCACCUCCAGUAAUUCCAUCCAAUGGAUGAAAACGCUUAAGAUUUGCAGUGCAUGAUGUACGUUGUUCACUCGCCAAACGUAUUAGCUCCAAGGAUUAUGGUCGCCAUGGCAUGACAGGCAUUGUGCCAUUACUAUGCAGAGUGACGGAAUCUUCCGGCAGCAAUCGGCUGCUCCAUCGCUACCGUGUCUUGGUGAUCGUCAACGUGGGUUCCGUCCGGCACAAUCUACAGGUGGCCUCUGUCGGCUUACGUGACUCGUGUUUGGAACUCAAGCCUUGACCAUUUUGGAGAGUCUACGAUCAUGGCCCUUGACAUCGCUCGAGCGUUGGAUCGUGCCUGGCACCGCACGCAACAUGCCAAGCUCCACCCGUCAUCUGGCUUCCACCCGAAUCUGUACCCUUAUAUUUUCAUCUCUCUUUUUUUCAAAUCUGCAGUCCAGUAGUGGGUGGUGGCCAAUCGGACGCCUUCGCGAUUGACUCUGGUGUUCCGCAAGACGUUAUUUCUUCUCUUCAGUUCAGACUGACUCAUCCAAUCCAUUCGACCACCACACUGUAGGUCACGACACCUCUCUUGGCACGUUCCCUCGCACUCAAUUCACGCCUGUCAACCCCUUAUCAGUGCCCUACCUUAUUACAGACCAAUUCAGACUUUAUUGGUCACCCCGUGCCCCUUACAAAUCUCAACGUUCAUCCUACAAAGUCCCAUCCCUAGGGAAAAACACAAAUAGACAAAAAUUAUGUUCCGAAACAAAAACUGUUUUAUGUAUUCAUUUUUUUAUAAUUGGUGUCGGUGAUGCUACUUAUCAUGCUACGGUCAGUGGGGAUCGCUACUUUCCAGAGUAAAAAAAAAAAUGUCCCACGACUUUUUUUUAUUUGGCCGUAUGAUUUUAUUGCUGCCCGUAUUGAAACGGCUGAACGCCGUAUGGACCUGAAAUCUCAAUUUCCUUGUACAAGAAGACGGGUAAACCGUAUUGGAUGACAGCUAUGUGAAUUCCCUCCCAUCGCCUCUUUUCCCCAAGCUCCUAUAACCUUGCUCUAUUCAAGAAGCCUGUUUCACCCUUAUACUAUCUAUUACUACUCCGAUCGUGCUGUGCUGUUGGUUUGAUGGACGCUUGACGUGCUGGGCCUGUGACCCUCUGCUGACAAAUUGUGUAAAAGAAAACGCCAUUAUUUUUCCACAUACGUACAAACAAACACAGACAAACAUCCCCUGUAUAGCCUUAACAGACUGUUGGGGCAAGCGCUGUUAGCGAGGACCUAUGAAGAACGAAACUGCACACGAGAAGGGGUGGGUGGCCAGCAUCACACCCGGCCGCGUUCUUCACAUCUUCUGGGAUCCCUCGUAGUCGAGUAAGAUUUCCCUCCAGGUGUCACUUGUCCGUGUUGUGAGAUGGCUGAAUAGGCCAAUCCGUGACCUGCAGAUCUUCGCACAGUGAGGGCACGGAUGGGCCAUCCUGGGGCUCCCCCUCGUCGUCUCUGUCUCUGGUGUACAUGCUUUACGGCAUGCUCUUUUACUGGCUAUCAACUCUCUUCGCUCGGCCUCAAAAUGCUGAAUUCCAUUGUUUUUUUUGGCCUUCCAUGAUGGUCUAUCAAGAGCAUAGAUUUCCCAUUUGUUUGGAUCUAUGUGGCU